AUGGGGCGAUUGUAUUUACAUUUUAUGCGUCUGACGCAGCGACUGUCAACUCAGCUGCGAUUUAUACCAAUAUUUACGAUAGAAGCAAGUAUCUGGAGUUUAGGCACAAUAGAGACCGUUAACUCACAAAUGAAUUAUUGUUACUUAGAUAGUAAUCCUUUUAGAGAUGGAAAGGAUACUACCACAAAUAUUACCCUGGCCCGUAAACGGUUAGGAGAAGAAGGACUUCACGUAUACACAUUAGGGAAGCAUCAGAUUGGAUUAUAUUAUUACGCUCGAACAAUCAGGAAGGCAUUGAAAUAUCCCAUUCUGGCAGCGCUUGGAUUCGAAUUGCAAUAUGUUGACCGGCCGAGGUUAGAUACAAUGUGGUCUAGUAGAGCAAAAAAUAUGAGUACAGUGAUAAAUCCUGAUUACUUUGGUAAUAUUCAGCUUCUGGGCGCUUUGGGAUUGCUUGGUGGCUUUUGGAGUGCUCUCAAAGGAUUUUAUGACUACCUUUUUGGAACUGAUCAGCAACAGGGCGCGAUUCAUGCUUGGUUGUUUCGUAACCAAGAGCCCACGUACGAUAAUAUAUCAAACUUUGAAGAAUAA